ACAGGGUGCCCACUUGUGGCCGCACGACCGGGGAUUUCUUUUUGCGAGACACAAAUUUAUCUAUUUAUUGCUUCCGGAUUGCCGGAUUACUGCCCGGGGAAAAGCAACCAUCAACGUAAAUCAUGACCACUCUACGACCCUUCACCUGUAACGACAUGUUCCGGUUCAAUAAAGUCAACCUGGAUCCCCUGACCGAAACGUACUGCCUCUCGUUCUACAUGCAGUACCUAGCGCACUGGCCGGAGUACUUCCAGGUGGCCGAAUCACCGACCGGCGAAAUCAUGGGCUACAUCAUGGGAAAAGCAGAAGGGCAAGGAGAAUACUGGCAUGGCCACGUAACGGCACUAACAGUUUCACCCGAUUACCGAAGGCUAGGAUUGGCCGCCACACUGAUGAGCUUCCUGGAGGAUGUUAGCGAGAAAAAACGCUGCUAUUUCGUGGAUCUGUUCGUCCGAGUGAGCAAUAAGGUGGCCAUCGAUAUGUACACUAAGCUCGGGUACAUCGUGUACCGCACGGUGCUCGAGUACUAUGUCGGCGAUCCGGAUGAAGAUGCGUACGAUAUGCGAAAGGCAUGCUCACGCGACGUGCACCGGAAAUCGGUGAUACCGCUCGAACAUCCGGUAAGGCCCGAGGAGGUAGAUACCUAGCAUUGAUCUGGCGUUGACGAACUCGGAGACUAAUAAGUUGAAAUGCAGUGUCGUUAGUAAAAUGUGUUUAUUUAAUCUUUA